CAAAUCUGCAUAAGAAAUAUCGAAACUCUUCGACAAAGUCUAAACUCUCUCUCUCUCUCUCUCGCACACAGAGACACGACCAAUCACUCUCUCGCUCAAUUCAUACCAAAACCCAUUAGCGAUCUCAUCGAUGGUUUCUCUCCUCUCCUUCGUCCCCUUCUGAUUUCAUCCCGCCUCGCUCUUUCUUCCUCCCGGAUCUCCAAUUCUCCUCGUUUCAGAGGGGAUUUUCUUUUCUCCCGUGAUUCUGUUAGUUCUGGUGGAGUGUUUCCCUCCGAGUGAUUGAAAGGUAGAGCUCAGAUAUUCAAUAAAUGGCGUCCAUAUCUCAUUCCUCGGUGGCACUGGGAGGAAGUUCUGCUUCAGAUUUUCUGCGAGGUUCUUGCAAUGGCGUUAGUGGGAUCUCACUGAAAACCCUAGGGAGGGCAAAGGUUUUCACUAGGAGGAAGGAUUUAUCCGUGACGGCUCGGCUCAGGAAAGUCAAAAAAUUCGAGUACCCGUGGCCGGAAAAUCCUGACCCGAAUGUGAAAGGCGGAAUCUUGACAUAUCUUUCGACUUUCAAGCCGCUGAAUGAUAGGCCAAAGAUGGUAACUUUGGAAUUUGAGAAACCCCUCCUCGAGUUGGAGAAGAAGAUUGUCGGCGUGCGGAAGAUGGCGGAUGAAACUGGUUUGGACUUCACUGAUCAGAUCAUCUCAUUGGAGAACAAGUACAGACAGGCAAUCAAAGAUCUUUACACACAUCUUACUCCGAUACAACGCGUGCACAUUGCGCGCCACCCUAACCGUCCAACUUUCCUCGACCAUGUGUUUAACAUCACGGACAAGUUCGUCGAGCUUCAUGGCGAUCGAGCAGGGUACGAUGACCCUGCUAUUGUGACGGGUAUCGGCACUAUAGACGGAAAAAGAUACAUGUUUAUAGGUCACCAAAAGGGUAGAAACACCAAAGAGAAUAUCGAACGUAACUUUGGAAUGCCUACUCCUCACGGAUACAGGAAGGCGUUACGGAUGAUGUACUAUGCAGACCAUCACGGUUUCCCGAUAGUUACUUUCAUCGACACCCCUGGAGCCUAUGCUGAUCUUAAAUCCGAGGAACUCGGACAGGGUGAAGCUAUUGCCAACAAUUUGAGGACGAUGUUCGGGCUGAAAGUACCGAUUCUCUCCAUUGUUAUCGGGGAAGGUGGUUCUGGCGGUGCCCUAGCUAUCGGCUGCGCUAACAAAAUGCUGAUGCUUGAGAAUGCGGUAUUCUACGUCGCUAGUCCCGAGGCAUGUGCGGCAAUCUUGUGGAAGGAUUCCAAGGCCGCUCCCGAGGCAGCAGAGAAGCUUAGAAUUACAUCCCGGGAACUUGUCAAGCUCCAAGUAGCCGACGGAAUCGUGCCUGAACCGCUCGGAGGUGCCCACGCUGAUCCGUCUUGGACCGCGCAGCAGAUAAAGAUCGCUAUCAACGACAACAUGGAAGAAUUCUCGAAGAUGAGUGGGGAGGAGCUGCUGAAGCAGCGGAUGCUAAAGUACAGGAAGAUCGGAGUGUUCAUCGAGGGUACCCCGAUCGAACCCAAGAGGAAAUUCAACAUGAAGAAGAAAGACGUAGUGUCCACAAGCCGGGAGCUCGAGGGUGAGGUCGAGAAGUUAAAGGAGCAGAUUCUGAAAGCAAAGGAGACGACGUCGUCUUUAGAGGAAGAACCUUCACCCGAAAUUCUCGAAGAAAUGAUUGAGAAACUCAAAUCCGAGAUCGACGACGAGUACACCGAAGCCACGAAAGCAAUGGGGUUGGAGGAAAGACUGAAAACCCUACGCCAAGAGUUCUCGAAAGCGAGUUCUGAGGAGCAUUUGAUGCAUCCGGUGCUCAUCGACAAGAUCGAGAAGCUCAAAGAAGAGUUCAACAAUGGUUUGGCCAUGGCGCCGAACUAUGACAGCCUGAGAUCUAAGCUCACAAUGCUGAAGGAUUUGUCCAGAGCCAAGGCCAUGUCGGAAGCGGCUUCGUUGAAGAAAGAGAUCAACAGAAGAUUCCGGGAAAUCGCCCAACGCCCCGAAAACAGAGAGAAAGUCGAGGCGAUCAAAGCCGAGAUCGAGAGCUCGGGCAUUUCGAGGUUCGAGGAACUGCCCGAGGCAUCGAAGGAGAAGAUUGCGAAGAUCAGAGCAGAGAUCGAGUCCGAGAUGAUGACGGUUUUGAGAUCAAUGGGUUGCGAGGUCAAGAACGUGAAGCCGAAUCCGAAUGAACAGACGGAACAGGCUUUGGUCCCGAGCGAAGACGUGCAAGACAAGGUCGAAACCCUAAACCUAGAGAUCGCCAAGAAGAUCGAUGAAGUCGUGAAGAAACCAGACAUCAAGAACAUGAUCGAAUUGCUGAAAGUAGAGAUCGCAAAGGCUGGAAACACGCCUGAGGACAAGACCGCAAGGCAGAAGAAGAUCGAGACAAUGGAGCAGCAGAUCAAGCAGAGGAUCUCCGAGGCGUUGAGUGAUUCAGAACUGAGGGAGAAGCAAGAGGAGAUCGAGAGAGAGAUUGCAGGAUCGAACGUGAGCUUCAAAGGAGACGAUCAUGGCUAUUCCGAGAAAACAGAGGUCAAGUCCGGUGCGAGUAGCAGCAGCUUCGCCUGAAAACGGCAAACACUGUCUUUCUCGUAAGUGGAGUCUGGCUCUAAACCCUUGUCUGAAUCCCGAAAAGAUUUGCAGGAUCUUGAAGCCCCUUGGAUGUUCAUGUAGCUUUUAGCUGUGGGGGCAUGUCUUCUUCGUCGGAUCAAAGCUUUUGAGGACUUUUGUCUUUUCGAUGCUUUUAUAUAGGACAGUGUUUUAUUCUCUAGGAUCUCCGUACGCGUUUUGUACG